AUGGCAGUGCUCGUGUGGGAGUCUAUGGGGCUAGACAGCCGCAAGACGUCAGCAGCAGCUGGCAUCGUCGCCCUCGAGCAGCGCAGCAGCUUCUGGUCUCGAACGGCGUACGCCUGGCUGGCGGUCACUUUCUGGCGCGGUCACAAGCGGGUAAUAUCGGUCGACGAUCUGCCGCCCCUCGAUGGACGCCUCGAGAGCUCACGGAUCCAGAUCGAGAUCGAGAUUACGGCCGAGGCCUGGUCGGCGCCUGGGCACUCGUCUACACUGGACUGGCAGUCGGUGUACCAGUAUCAGAGCUUCCGCUUUGUGACCAGGCUCCGCGGCAGCCUCAUCGCCCUCGUCUACCAGCAAAUGCUUCAGACGCGGGCGGCCAACGUCGGCAGCAUCACCGGCCUGACACUGAUGGGCACAGACGUGGAACGUAUUGUGGCUGGCGUGCCAUCUCUGCAUGAAGCAUGGGCAUCGCUCCUUGAAAUCGGUCUUGCCUGCUGGCUACUCGAAAGGCAGCUGUCUCUGGCCUGUAUAGCACCAAUCCUCCUUGUUUCCGUAUUCAUUGCCGCCACAUCUCGGGUGUCACUACGGCUGCGGGAUACGCAAGUUGCUUGGAUCGAGAAGAUUCAGGAACGGCUCCGCAUCACUGCGGCCGUUCUUGGUGACAUGAAAACCGUCAAGAUGCUUGGCAUCUCGAGUGUCGUAGUACCUGUCAUCCAGGGGCUCCGAAGAGACGAGAUCGACACCUCCCGUCGGUUCAGGAAGAACCUUGUGGUCAUGAUACUGUUGUCUCCCGUGCUUACCUUUGCCGUCUACUCUGUUGUUGCCGUGUUCUGGAAGAAUGAAACACUCCUGACCACCAAAGCAUUUACCUCACUCACGCUCGUCUCGCUGCUAACGGCUCCCGUCAUCAGCUUCAUUCAAGGACUGCCAAAUGUGGUGCAAUGCCUCGGCAACUUUAGCCGCAUACAGGAGUUUUGCAAUUACGAGACGGGAGGGGAUGCUCCUGGAAGUGCCUCUAGCAGCAGUAAGGAGACCUCUCAAAGGAGACCUCUCAUGGCCUACUGCGCGCAACAGCCGUGGCUCGAGAACGGCACAAUUCGCCGCAGUAUUGUGGGAGCUUCGCCAUGGGAUAGCAGAUGGCAUGGGACGGUCUGCACGGCUUGCUGCCUCGACCCAGAUAUGCCACAGCUGGAGAUGGGCGACCUCACGCAUGUGGGCAGUAAAGGUGUAAAUCUGAGCGAUGGCCAGAAACAGCGCAUUGCUCUUGCUCGGGCUGUCUACUCCAGGCGUCGUACGCUACUUCUGGAUGACGUCUUCAGCGGAAUGGAUGCUUACACGGCCGGAUUUGUGAUAGCCCGCCUUCUUGGGUGCCAUGGGGGACUGCUGCGGAACGAGCAAACGACUGUGAUCUUGACAACCCACAGUCGGCUCGUAGAUGAGGUCAUUGUUCUAGAAGACGGCCAGGUCACGGAAAUGGGCAGUCCGACAGCCCUGCUUCAAAACAAAGGCGGGUAUCUGAGGAAGAUUGGAUUUUCUAAACUAGCCGAAGAAAACGACAUGAAGCUGACUGCAGCGAGUCAUCCCGGCCCUGCUUCUGGUUCCGUGCCCAGGGAAGAGAUACCAGGCAUGGGGACCGUUGGCGAUACUGACGCGACUGUUAACCUGGAUGACGGCCAAGAGACUGCCACGGCCGAGCACACGGAUGUCAGACGCAAGAAUUGCGAGCUCUCCAUCUACACCUAUUAUCUCAGAAGCUCUGGCUACGUGGCUGUCGCCCUGUACGCAGCGUCCAUGAUUUUCUGGAUUUUCUGCACGGAAUUCUCCACUGUCUGGGUGAGCUGGUGGUCCGCGGCCAACGACCUGCAUCCGAACCGGAAUCUGGGCUUGUACAUGGGAAUUUACGCCAUGGUUGGCGUCGUUGGGACUGCUGCCGCAUGUUGUGCAGCCUGGUUCGCUUAUAUAUCCAUCAUAUCGAACUCAGCGAGCAAGCUGCACCUGGAUCUACUCAAAGCCACCUUCAGGGCCCCGUUUCGCUUCUUUGCCAACACAGACACGGGCGAGCUUCUCAACAGGUGCAUCUACGAUCUACGGCCCUCUGCCUUGUCCUGCUUCACCCAGGUGGUCCUCCUUGCGAUCUACUCACGCUCCCUCGCUGUGGCCAUGCCGUUCGUUGCCGCUUUUCUCUACGCUCUGCAGCGCUUCUAUCUGCAGACAUCCCGCCAGAUGCGGCUGCUCAUGAUCGAGGCCAAAGCGCCCCUGUACACGCAAUUUUCCGAGAUGGGCACACCGGGAACAACGGCCAGCGAAAGGAGUGGCAGCACAGCCGGCACCGGCACCGGCACCAUCACCAUUCGGGCCUUUGGCUGGCAGCGCGCAUAUGCGGCGCGCGUGGCUGCCCUCGUCGAUCGGUCGCAGCGGCCUGCUUAUAUCCAGAGUUGCAUCCAGCACUGGCUGGACUUUGUAUUGACGCUGACCAUGGCCGUUCUCGUGGUCGUCCUCGUCGCUACCGUCGUCAGCUGGCAGGACCGUCUGGAUAUCAGCGCCGGCGGCGUCGGCGUGUCGCUAGUGGUCCUUCUCGGCCUGUCGACCACGCUGACACGACUCAUUCGCACGUGGACACGCCUAGAGCCAAGCGUGGGCGCCGUGGCGCGUGUGAGGCGUUUUGUGACAGAGACAGAAGAGACAGCGGGAGAGGAGGUCCCCGUGUCGGAAUUGUCGCAACCGGUCGGGACGGUCUGCUUCGACGACCUGGUGGCUGCUUAUGAGCCCGACGCUGCAUCUCCUGUGCUGCAGCACGUCUCGCUCUCGGUGCCUCCCGGACAGCAUCUGGCCAUCUGUGGUCGAUCUGGCAGCGGCAAGACGUCGCUGGUGAUGGCACUGCUGCACAUGAUGGACGUCCGCUCGGGAGGUAUUGCCGUCCACGGUCGCGUCAGCGUAGUGUCCCAAGACCCGUUCCUAGUGCCGGGCACCAGCCUGCGCUUCAAUAUGGACCCAUUGCUGGCGGCCGUGUCGGAUGCGCAGAUCGUGCGAGUGCUGCAGCGAGUGGGACUCUGGGAGGUGGUGGAAGGGCAGGGCAGCCGUGGCCGUGGGAGUAGCAGUGGAUGCCUCGACCAGAAGGUGGAUGGCCUGGCACUGUCGGCGGGUCAGCGGCAGUUGCUCUGCUUUUCCCGGGCCUUGGUGUAUCGGGACCAGACCGAUGUGCUCGUGCUGGACGAGGCUACGUGCAGCCUCGACAGCUCGGCCGAGGCGGUGGUGCAGCAGAUUAUCGACACUGACUUUCGCGGAUGCACGGUGUUGGCAGUUAUGCAUCGUCUGGCGCACGUGGCGUCCUACGACCGGGUGGCCGUUAUGGACGCCGGGGCCCUGGUCGAAGAUGGGGCGCCUGGAGAGCUCAUCGCCAACGAGAGCUCGCGCUUUGCAGAGCUGUAUCUUACAUAG